UGGCGAUGUCAGGUUAGUUAUCAAGAAAAUUGGUUUCAAUUCAUUUAAUUUAUUUUAAUUUCGUGAAUUUCUGUUUACAUUCAUUGUGUUUCACAUAAAUUGUCAAUAAAAUUAACGUAGCAUCAAUGGAUAAAGGCAAGAAAGGAAAAAAGGCAAAGGGAAAGACCCUAAAUUUGCAAGAUUUUUUAAGUGAAAAUGGUGGCGCCGCAUCCGGUUCAUCGCUAGUGACCAAGAGUUUAUCAUGGGCUAAUGAAUGUGAAGAUGAUGAUUAUGCACCACCAAAAAUCAUAACUUAUUCCAUACCGACUGCACCGCGUUCGCAACGAGUACUAGAUGACAGUACAAUUCCACAAAAUCCCCCAUUUUUGGCCCACAUUUCGAAUUUGUCGUAUGACCUGAACGAGAAUGAUAUACAGGAAUAUUUUGAAAGUGUAACGAAUUACGAGGUGGUCUCAGUGCGGCUGCCACGUGAAGAUGGUGACACUGGCCGAAUGCGAGGCUUUGGCUACAUUGAAUUUUCCGAACGUGAGGGAUUGAUUGAGGCGGUCAGUCAACCGGAUUUGCAAUUACGAAAUCGCAAGAUUCGUAUCGAUGUGUCAAAUGAACAAGAAAAACAACGAGGUAACCGGGGACGAUACGAUAAUUUCGGUUCGUCAUCGGAAAAUCGGGACACCAAUUGGCGUGGUCGUAACCAGGACAAUGGUCAGGAUGCAGGACGUCGCAGAGAAGUUAGUGGUGUUGAAAAUGGUGGCAAUUGGCGUUCAGAUAGACCAAAAAUGGAUUCACCGCCACCGAUGCGUCGUGGUGACCGUGGUGAUCGUGGUGACCGUGGUGACCGUGGAGAUCGAUACGGCGGUGGACGCCGAAUUGAUCGUAACGAAGACCGACCAUUGGCCGAAGAAAGACCACGUUUGAAAUUGCAACCGCGCACUUUGCCGUUGCCCGAAUUCAAUUUACAAAUUGACGAACGCGAUGCGGCGGAGGCAGAAAAGGAAAAGGAACAACGAGAACGACCAAAACCAACCCCGGUUCCAUCAGCGGCAAUUUUCGGCAGCGCCAAACCAGUCGAUACGGCCGCCAAAGAUCGUGAGAUCGAAGAGCGAUUGGAACGGGAGCGUGUUGAACGUGUAGAGAGAGAAAAGCGCGAACAACAAGAAAAACGGGAAGCAGAAGAAUCUGCCGUUGAUGAAGAAGAGGCUGCUGCCACUGAAACCGCCACUGCUGCCAAACAAACAGAUGAUGAAAACCCUGAAGAGGAAGAGGGUAACGAGGCGGAGGGAAAUGAGGAAAAGAAACCAGAAGAAAAACCAGAAAUCAUAAGUUGGCGCACUAGAAAACCGGAAGAUGAUGCUGCAGCACAAAGACCACCGUCACCUGCUCGCAAGAGAUACAGCCCAGAUCGUAAUAAUAGAAGAAGGCCAAAUGAUGACCGAGAUCGACGCAACAACCGGGACAGGGGCGACAGAGAUAACAGAAGUAAUAAUUAUAAUCGCGAUAACAAGCGGGACUACAAUCGUGAUUACCAUCAAAGAAGUGACAGAAAUGACAGAAAUGACAGAAACGAUAGAAAUGAUAGAAAUCAAUCGAGAAAUCAGCCAAGAAAUUAUAAUAACCGAGGGCCACCACAACCACGCGAUGACCGAGAUAAUCGAGAGAACCGAGACAAGCCAAGACGUUCGUCGAACUCAGGAGAUGAUGUUGAAAAUCGAAUGCCCAAAUUGAAACCAGACGUGAAACCUAAAUUGCAAAUGUCAAAUGCAUAUGAAAUCUUCAACGACGAAACAUCUGAAUAAGAAGGCGGUGCUCACUAUAAUUCAUACAAUUUACACAGCAUUAAAGAGCAUCAACAACAUUUAAACAAAUUAUAAUUUACUAAAUGAACAAGGGAUAAAGAAAAUUAUUAAUAAUAAAUGAAAAUGAAGACAAAAACAACACAACAAAACAUCCGUACCGCAUUAAGAUGAAGAAGAAGAAAGAGAAAAAAUAAAAAUAAAAAUAAAGCAUGAGAGAGAGAAAAAAAAACAGUAAAAGAAAAACUAGCUACAUACGAAAGAAAAACAAUCGAUAUCUUUCUAUCUGCUCAAUUUGGAGCUGCAAUACAGAAAAAAAAACAAACAAACAAAAUAUGAAGAGAAUAUUUCAAAAAGAAUAAUUCACAUUUAAAAACAAACGCUAAAACUAAAAACGAAAAGUGAAUAUUUCCGUAAAAAUUGAAUACAUCGUUAGAUGGUCUUUUGUGUCUUUUUUGAGUUGAUUGUGCGUAGUUAAAUGUGGAUUUUAAUUGUCGAAAUAUAAACAUUUGUAAGCAACUUUUAAUUUAUCAUUCAAAUAUUCAGAUAUAAUAAAAUCAAACGAAGUUAAAAAAAAAAUAAA